AUGGCUGCAGUAUCUACGCGGUUCGCUCCUCUACCAUUGACGCAGCCUCAAUCCUCAUGCAGGUCACAGGCUUCGCUCAACAACAAUGGAACUCCCAAAACUUAUACGUUGAACAAUUUUAUCGACGACGUCAAAGUUCAUCUUGGAGAGUCUGGUGGUAUAGGGUGUGAAGACGUUGAUGAAGAUUAUAUCAUCUCGUUGGCAAAGAAGUACAUCUCAAAUCCGAACGACUGGGCACGUUAUUACCACAACUGCCCCGGCAAGAACUACACACGCAAUGCGAUAAUAAACAUCAACAAGAAAGCAAAUAUUCUGCUGUUGGUGUGGAAUCCAGGCAAGGGAUCGCCAAUUCACGAUCAUGCCAACGCCCACUGUAUUAUGAAGGUCCUAGCCGGCGAAUUGACAGAAACUGUCUACAACAUGCCCGUAACAGGUUGCGAGAAUCAGCCUCUAUCAAUCAAGAGCGAUACGACACACCAGGCCGACCAAGUCACAUAUAUCUCUGACACCAUUGGCUUGCAUCGGGUGCACAACCCUCAUCCUACCAACGUGGCUGUUUCUCUUCAUAUAUAUACACCACCGAAUGCUGCCGACAUUGGCUACAACAUCUUCGAUGAGUCGACAGGCCGAGCGAGCUUUGUUCCCAAAGCACAAUCACACUAG